CUAACACCAACACCUUUCUUUGUUUCAACAGGAUGCACCGCUGAUCAAAUCCUGUGAGACUGGAAAUAAAACCAACAGGAAGGAACCGUCAACACACAGCCGGGCGGAGUGGACCAGACGCCAAGUGGACCGUCAACACACAGACCUCUCAGCCAAUAGCCAUGCUGUAACACGCACACAGGAAACGCUUCUCUGGAUCUCAGGAGAAACAUCAGCUGCCUUUUAUUGAAGACUCCCGGGCCUCGAACACAUGCCUCACCCCGUCCUCUUUUUUUCACCAUCCCUGCAAAGAUGCCAGUGCCAGGGCUGACGCUGUGGCUCGUGUGGUGACGGAGCGUGAGGGCACAUCCAGCAGGCAGGUGGGAGGGCGGGUGCACAGGAACACCGGGAGGCUUUUUCAGGGGCUGUGUUGGUGCUGGUGGUGGUGGAACUAUGCGUCCGUGGGCGGGGUCGUGGCGUUGGAUUACCCUGGUGCUGUUGGCCUGGGGGACGCUCCUCUUCUACAUCGGCGGCCACUUGGUGAGGGACAGCGAACACCCGGAGCGCUCCAGUCGAGAGCUUUCGAAGAUUCUGGCAAAACUGGAGCGACUCAAGCAGCAGAACGAAGACCUGCGGCGCAUGGCUGAAUCGCUCAGGAUACCAGAGGGUCAGGCGGAGGCCGGGUCCAUAGCCGCUGGGAGACUGCGUUCUCUGGAGGACCAGCUGACCAGAGCCAAACAGAAGAUCCACAGCUUUCAGAAACUAACUGGAGACGGCCCAGGACCCACUCAGGAGGAGCUGCGGAGGAGGGUGGAUAACGGCGUUAAGGAGUUCUGGUACUUUGUUCGUAGCGAGGUGAAGAAACUAGCCACUAUUGAUCAAAACGAGAGGCAGAAGUACGCUGAUACCCUGCUACAGGACCUGGGACACCAGGAGAGGUCCAUCAUGACAGACCUAUACUACCUCAGUCAGGCAGACGGAGUGGGAGAGUGGAGAGUGAAGGAGGCUAAAGACCUGUCGGACCUGGUCCAGAACAGAAUCACCUACCUACAGAACCCCCCGGACUGCAGUAAGGCCAGGAAGCUGGUGUGUAACAUCAACAAAGGCUGCGGUUACGGCUGCCAGCUCCACCAUGUGGUCUACUGCUUCAUGAUCGCCUACGGCACGCAGCGAACGCUCAUCCUCGAGUCACACAACUGGCGCUACGCUCCCGGCGGCUGGGAGACCGUCUUUCUGCCCGUCAGUAACACCUGCACCGACCGCUCUGGCGCCACCACUGGACACUGGUCAGGGGAGGCUCAUGAUAAAGACGUCCAGGUUGUGGAGUUGCCCAUAGUAGACAGUCUCCAUCCCCGGCCCCCGUACCUGCCUCUGGCCAUCCCCGAGGAUCUGGCUCCACGCCUGCAGCGUCUCCACGGUGACCCUUCAGUUUGGUGGGUGUCCCAGUUUGUCAAGUAUCUGGUUCGCCCUCAGGCAUGGCUGGAGAAGGAGAUCCAGCAGACGACUGCCAAGCUGGGCUUCAAACACCCCAUCAUUGGCGUCCAUGUGAGGAGGACAGACAAGGUGGGGACGGAGGCAGCCUUCCACUCCAUAGAGGAGUACAUGCUCCACGUGGAGGAGCAGUACCAGCAUCUGGCCCGACGUGUGCACGUGGACAAGAAACGAGUUUACCUGGCAACAGAUGACCCGUCCCUGCUGCAGGAAGCCAAAACCAAGUAUCCGGACUACGAGUUCAUCAGCGACAACUCCAUCUCCUGGUCAGCAGGUCUUCACAACCGCUACACGGAGAACUCCCUGAGAGGAGUCAUCCUGGACAUCUACUUCCUGUCCCAGACCGACUUCCUGGUCUGCACCUUCUCCUCACAGGUCUGCCGUGUAGCCUACGAGAUCAUGCAGACGCUGCACCCCGACGCCUCCUCCUACUUCUACUCCCUGGACGACAUCUACUACUUCGGAGGUCAAAACGCCCACAACCAGAUCGCCAUCUACCCGCACCAGCCCAGGAACAACGAGGACAUUCCCCUGGAGCCCGGCGACAUGAUCGGCGUGGCGGGCAACCACUGGGACGGCUACUCCAAAGGCAUCAACCGCAAACUGGGCCGCACCGGCCUCUACCCGUCCUACAAGGUGAAGGAGAAAAUCGAGACUGUGAAGUAUCCCAUGUAUCCUGAGGCAGACAAACUGCUCAACUCUCAGAAGAAGUAAAAAAAAAAAGGAGAAAUGCUGUAAAAAAAAUUACAACAAAAAAAACCCAACAUAAAAACGAUUCAGAUGAUUGAAGACGAAGGAGCGAGGAGGAACCUGCAGACGCCGUUUCCGAGGGAAGGAGGCGGCUUUUGUACAGAAGACGAUGAAGACGAUGAAGAUGAUGAAGAAGAAGAAGAGAGACAAACUCAGUGAGUUCAGCUGAGAGGAGAGAAAAAAUCCUGUACCGAGGACUGAUGGGAAGAGAAUGCACUCUGUGUGUUAAUGUGUGACACUGAACGUGUGUGUGUGAGAGACAGUGUGCGUGUGUGUUUGUGCACUUGUGUAAAUGCCUGUGCGUCCGUCAGGUCACAGCAGACUUGCACCCUGGACCACUACUCCCUCCCCCUGACGCCGCGACGCCGGGGUCUGUAGAGACGUUAGACGUGAACAAUGACUUUAAGUAAAGAAGAAGAAAAAAAAACAAAAACAAUAAUAAUGGAAAAAUAAUCCUAACCCAUUCAAACCAAAAAGGUAACAAAACCUAAUUAUGGAAAAAUCUGGAUAUAAAAACAUUUAAUCAAAUUGGAAUACUAAGAAUUUAAAACCAAAAAGGCAAUAAAACCUAAUAAUGGUAAAAUCUGGACAUAAAAACAUUUAAUAAAAUUGGAAUCCUAAUAAUUU